CGCAAACAUCUCCCGUCAAAGUAUCCCAAAGCCCCGAAUUUUUUCCUUAGUCGCACCCCCCUACAUCAUCCCACGUCUCGGUCCGCCCGGCUCGCUUUCUCAAGAUCCACCAAAAAGCCCGUCAACUAUCCUCAGAUCAAUGUAUAUAUACUUCAGAAAAUGCGCUCUUUUCCUGCAUCCAUAUUACCUUGAAAACUUCAUAGCUUUUAUCUGCUUUUCAAUUCCAAAACCAUAGAAUUUUCUCUGAAAAAAUAAUCUCACAAUGCCAGGGGCAACCCACGGAACUACCUCCCCAACAAUCAUUUCACAAUUCGACAAAGAUAUAAGAGAUGUACACUUAAUCUAUGACUACGACGCCAAAGACAAGAAUGAGCUCCCCGAAAAGUGGAGAUAUGAGAUCUGGUUCUUCUCACCAACCCGUAUCGUCUACGCGAUCCACGGUGGUCCCAUGGCCGGAAGGAUCAAUUACCAGACUGCAAGUUACCAGUGUAUAAGGCCAGGAGAAUUAUGGCAGUGCAAUUGGCUUGAAGAGACGGGAACGAUCUGUUCAUUGGUAUACGACAUUCCCAAUAAGAAGGUCUCGACAUUACUUGGGUUCAGCGAGGGACAUUGGGAGCAUCCUAAAGAGGCGCAUGGUGAUAAGCGGAAUCCUGAGGAUUUUGAGCGAUGGAGAGGAUUGGCGAAGAUUGGGAAGCAGACUGAUAGAUUUUUGUUGAAUGAACAAGCAGAUAUCUUGGAGUCGUUCAGAGGGAAAGGGGAUUUGGUGCCGAUUGGUGGGGAUGAGGAGACAAUUUGAGGUUCGGUAGCCAAUUUGUUCUAGAAUCAUAGCCUUUCCAGCUGUUGUCUACUCGCUUCUUGCAAGAGUUGAAGAGCUCGAGACUCUCUGAUCAAUUGGCGCUGGAUGAAAGGCCCAUUAAACGUUAAGAAAGCAAGUGUUCUCGUCAUUCAUGUGGUUGUGGGAGCAUUCUACUCCGACCUUUAUGUUAUAUAUGACAUCUUCUUUGGAAAAUCAGAUGCUAGUACAAACACCAAAGCUC